AUGGAGAAGCCAAAUGCGCUCGGCAUAUCCGCCGACGAGUUCAAGGCGAUUGAGCAGACGCGCCAGCGCCUGUUCCAGCUCUCCAACAGCAUCCAGGGGUUGAAGAUUGAUGUCUUGAAAAGCAACCCCCUUCCGCCCCCAUCAUCCCUCCAGGCGCAAUCCCAGAUCCUCCUCCGCAACCUCCAGUCCCUCCUCGAGACGCUGACGGAGAACACCCACGUCUUCCAGCACCUGCAUGUGUUCCCGGACGUCGCGUACCCGGGCCGCGUGCACGAGAACAUCCUCACGCAGCUCCUCCGCAAGAAGCUCGAGCCGGGCGUGGAGGAGUGGGUCGAGCGCGGGCGUGAGGCGACGAAUGAGCUGCGCGCGUCCGCGCCCGGGGGCGUCGGCGGCGGCGGCGAGGCCGGUCUCGAAGAGGUCUGGCGCGGGGUGCGCGACUGGACCGUCGAGCGCGUGCAGCGCUACGUCCUCGAGGAGGCGGGCGACGUCUACACGGCGGAGGAGCGCGAGCGCGGCGUCGAGAACGUGAGGACGGGGCUGAAACGCAGCCUCGAGGACGACGAGGACGACGAGGACGACGAUGAGGAAGAUGAGAGCGACGAGGAGGGCGGGGUAGAUGGUGACGUCGUCAUGUCAGGGCAGGGCCAGCAGCAGCAGGCGAAGCCGCCGAAGCCCACGGGCCCCGAGCCGGAGAUGCUGUUCUGGUUCGAGGCGAGGGGGGACUUUGACCUGCCGCAGAACGUGGACCUGCUGAGCCAGGCCGGCCUCAAGCGCGGCCCGAUGGGGGUGAGGAAGUGA